GAAUAACUCCCUUCUGCACGAAGAUACUAUUUCUGAUAUAUGUUCUUGCUGUAACUGGGACAUGGCGCAUUGGUGUCGAUGGUUCUGCAAACAAAAAACAAUUUGUGUCUCAGUUUACGCCGCCAUUAUCUCUGGUCUUCUGUUCCGGGACGAACUGCGCUAAUACUGAUAUAUCUGUUCAUCAGGAGCAAAUGUACGCCAAUUCAGCCGCUUGGUUUCUGUUCGGAAACAAAAAAGAAUGAUGCAGAUAACUCUGUGCUCCUGGAAUCUGUCUUGAACGUCUCACCACGCUUUGCUUGGGAUAACGUUUGUGCAAAGAUAUGCAGCUGGUGGAGUUGCACCACGUAUGCUUGUCACAAUGGUGUUUGCUGUACACCCGGGAGCCCGAAAAGCAAAUGUUGCCCAUAUAGCCAUCCAGUUUGUAUUGCAGACCGAUACUGUUGCCAAAAAGGGUUUUCUAAAGUGUGUGGUGGGACAACCUGCUGCAAGAAGAAUACGAAUUGUUGCGUGUCCAAUUGCUGUACCUAUGAUCAGGCUUGCUGUGGAACAAACGCGUGUUGUAAUAGGGGUGACAAAAGCUGUAAAGAUAGUUUGGGUCAUAGAUCUUGUUGCGAUGAGAAGCACACGUUUUGUUGUGAAAAAUUGGGCUGCAAAUCACUUUGUCCCUCAAUAUUUGAUGCGGUGCCAUGUAAUGGGGACAUAAUUGGAAAUUUAGACAGUCAAAGUGAAACCUAUGAUUUUGUUAAAGCAGACACUACUUCGGGUAUACCAAAAGAAUUAUACCGGUUGUUGCGUAAAACAGAAAUCCCCGCAAGAAUAGUGGCAAAGGAUGCGGGAAGUACAAAAAGUGUUCAGUCGCAUGUUCGUUGUGGAUCCAAAAAGAAAUACAUUUCCCAAUACAUUUCGACAACAACCGAACUCCAAUGCGCACUGAGGUGGUACCACACGAGUCCAAAUGGAGGGAUAGUAAAGAUAGAUGUAUCCAAGUUACCGAAAACUGCCAGAAUCAUUGAUCUAACGGACCCUAAUAUACGCAAACGAUAUCUUACAAACCCUAAGGCCGACCAUUUUGCUGAACGUAUGAAUGAGGUUCUGGUGGCCUUGUCUAAAGGCGCAUCAAUGUCGGGGAAGAUUAUAUAUCCUCCAAGAUCCAAGAUUCAACGUUUUCAGCAUUCGCUACAAAAGAUUUAUCAAUUAUAUCAAAACAAUACGCUUAUUUUCGGUGUAUUUCAUUUCAGUUUUAAAUGCAAUGUUCGGAGAGUAAAAUUCAAUUCUAAAUCCAACAGUGCUUUCAGAAUCUAAUCAAUAAAAGGUUGAGAUGCAAUACUCACACAUUAAAUUCAUCGCCCCC